CAGCUUUCCAUCUGGAGGAGCGCACAGAGGAGCGAAGUCCGAUGGAGCGGCAGCAGCGGUUCACCUCACACAACUGAACAAACACACACGACCUCAGUUUGAAUAUAUUGCCUGUUUGCGCAAAAACACGAAAGGGAUUUUGCCAGCAUCUAGAAGCAACAGGAAAACUUCUGAUUGCGUAAACCGUCGCCAAAAACGGGAGACAGGAUGGAUCCUUCGCGGCUGCUGUAUCUUCUGCUAUUGUACGGUGGUCUGCCAAAAGUUUUAUCAGUUCAGAUGUGUGACGUUGUGAACGAGAUUGAGCUGGAGAAAGAACGCUGCGCAAACAGCACCUCUGGGAACGUCACCUCAGGUUGCCAAGGCAUGUGGGACAUCGUCGCUUGUUGGCCUUCAGCCCGAGUGGGAGAGGUGGUGACAAUAACCUGCCCUACGUACUUCAGCUACUUCAGUGACCAACAAAGAGGAAACCUCUCUAAAACCUGCACAGCAGACGGCUGGACUGAGAUGCAUCCCAUUGACGUUGCUGUGAACUGUGGAUACAAUCUCAACAGCACCAAUGAUGAUGGAAAGUUUUUCUGGCAAGUGAAGAUCGGCUACACCAUUGGUCACAGUGUUUCACUCAUCUCUCUGACCACAGCUAUUGUUAUCCUCUGCAUCUUCAGGAAGCUCCACUGCACAAGGAACUACAUCCACAUGCAUCUGUUUGUGUCAUUUAUCCUGAAGGCCAUCGCUGUGUUCAUCAAGGAUGUGGUUCUCUAUGAGGUCGGGGAAGUGGACAACUGCUCCUCAGGCUCUGUUGGCUGCAAAGCAGUGAUUGUGUUCUUCCAGUACUGUAUAAUGGCCAGUUUCUUCUGGCUGCUGGUGGAGGGCCUUUAUCUUCACGCAUUGCUAGCUGUCUCUUUCUUCUCCGAGAGGAAGUACUUCUGGGCUUACAUUUUGAUUGGCUGGGGAGGUCCAGCAAUUUUCAUCACAGCUUGGAGCAUUGCUAAAGCCUACUAUAAUGAUGUGGGGUGCUGGGACAUAAUCGAGAACACUCAUGUGUUCUGGUGGAUCAUUAAAACCCCCAUUUUAGCAUCAAUCCUGAUGAACUUUAUCCUAUUCAUCUGCAUCAUUCGAAUACUUCGUCAGAAGAUCAACUGCCCAGAUAUUGGAAGAAAUGAGUCCAACCAAUAUUUGAGACUUGCAAAAUCCACGCUGCUUUUGAUUCCUCUGUUUGGGAUAAAUUUUAUAGUGUUUGCAUUUAUCCCAGAGCAAGUGAAGACUGAGUUACGGCUGGUUUUUGACUUGAUUCUUGGAUCAUUUCAGGGCUUUGUGGUCGCUGUCCUUUAUUGCUUCCUCAAUGGUGAGGUCCAAGGAGAGAUCAAAAGGAAGUGGAGGAGGUGGCACUUACAGAGAUACAUGGGCUCAGACACCAAAUACCAACAUCCAUCUAUUGGCAGCAGCAACAACUUCAGCACCCAGAUCACCAUGUUGACACGUUGCAGCCCCAAAACCCGAAGGGGUUCAUCCUCCUGUCAAGAUGACUUGUCUUGCAUAUGAGCCACAAAAGCUAAACAUGUACAAAAUGUUUUCAUGCCAAACAUUAGGCACAUAGACGCAGCAUAUGGAAGCUCUUUAAUGAUAAAAAUAAACACUCCCUCAUUGGCACAUGCACGCUCUCGGUAGUGGUGAGGGUAAAAGAAGUCAUUCUCUAAGUGGCCCUUUAUCUUCACACAUCUUUCAGAAAAUAAGUUAAAGUGACAAAGAGACACAGCCAUCACUUCAGAAGCAUAACCUUUGCACAUCUGAAUACUGUUCAGCUUUUCUUUAUGCUUUAAAUUUUUAAAGCACCUCAACAGGUGAAUUUGUGAGUCAUAUCAUUACAUGUAAUUUCCACAAUGAUUAUUAAGCUUCUUGUUUUCUCAGAGACAGGGCAAAGUGACAUAUCACAUAUGAAUGUGUUAAAACGAGAGAUAGAAAUGUGAAUUGCACCAGCAGACACACAAUCUGAUGUGAUUUUGAACUGACAGAAAAACUAAAUCUGGUAUUAAUUAAUUAAUAACAAAUUAAGCUGCAGCCAUAGAGGAAACUGAGCGGAAGUCUUACACAUGCAAAAAGGUGUGAGUAUAUGAAUUUUGUUAGGAAAUGUGGUUUAAAUAAUACCAAGUGAAUUAAGAUAAACAAAAUUGUAUGCAAUAUUUAGUUUCCUCACUGUGAGGGCAUGCAGAAAAAGAAAGAUCGGUGCAGAGUUUUGCAUGAGAGCUGUAGCUUCUGACUGGAUGACCAGUGUGACGAUGAUUCACAGUGAUGGUUCUGGAGCACAGAUGCCUUUCUGUGCACUAUCAGUCUCACAGACUGAUUGCCCUUUGCCUUCGCUUGUAUCAGCACAGCUCUCCCAUUGGGUCUGUGUGAUUCUGUUCUGAUGGGUGGGAAUGGUUUCCUUUAUUCCAGGCUCUGUUUCAGGCAGUCUGGGAGGUUUAUCACUGGUAUUUGCCUGGUUUCCGAGUUUUCAAGAAACAGUUCUCAGGCUGUUGAGACUGUUGCAUUGCGAAGCAGCUCUGGAGAGGAAAUGCCUUUACACAACUCAUUCCUUGAAUGUUUACAUUUACUCUGGUGGAGACAAAACAUGUGUACAGUGUAUAGAAAAUGAAACACUAUGAAUUUUAGUGCCAAAUGGAUUUUGCA